AGACUAUCUACCUGAAUGUCUUUGACACGGAUCAAGCGAAGAGAUAACGCGGAGGAAAUAAUUGCUGGCGUCAUAUUGUCAUUGAGCACCGUUAGUAAUAUGGCGGCCUUUGCGGUACGCCACCCAAGUCGAGCUUUGAAAAACGGCAGGCUACGAGGUCGCCAUGAAAGCGGCGAAGAAAAUAUUCGACUAGACUUAUCCCGAGCCCCAUCUGAGAAUGUUAAGGAGGUUCUCAGCAAUGUUGUCUGUCAGAACGGGAUAUCCAAGAAUAAAAAACUUGGCUACCUCAACUUCUUUGUCAAGUUACUCAACAAACUUGGCCCAUCGAAGAACCUUGGCUACACCAUGGAAGAGAUCCUUUGCUGCCUGAAAGUUGGUCUCCUUCACGAAGCAAAAGAGGUGCGUGCUGCCACCUUGAGGGUAAUUCGCUACCUACUCACCGAGCAGAAGGUUCUAGAUAUUAUUGUCAGUUUACACAUUGACUACCUCAUAGCAAGAUGUCUGGACAUCUGCCUGAGCAACGAGGUCGAACGCAUCCAUGCCAUGAAACUGAUCCGGAAGAUAAUCCAGCUGUUUCCCCACCAGGUGCCGCUGUCGAUGCUCUACCCCAUGGUGGCUAUUGGCAGGGACGGCUCCUCCGAGAGGGAUCGACUGAGGCGGGCUUGUCUUGCAACCAUCUGUGAACUCGGCACAAAAAAGACGGAUGGACUGAGGCAAGUAUGCCUUGCCACCUUAUGUGAACUGGCAUUUGUGAACGCCCAGGCAGCUGACCGGUGCGAUGCAAUCAGCUGCAUUCUGCGCAACAUCCUGGACUGCUAUCACUAUCCACGGAUCAACGAGUCACUCGUGGUGACCGUGCUUUUCCUGCUAAACCAUCCCAACACACGGCACUACAUCAAACAGAACACUGACCUUGAGCAACUAAUUGCUCCCUUUACUGACUGUCACUUCAAAUUCAGCGCUGAGACCAAUGAACACGGCACAGGAGAGUUAGAACAUCGCCAUGGGGCUUUUAAACGCCCUAAACCAUCUUCAGUAGAUGAACAGGAGACUCGAUUCAAGGCAAGCAAGAUGGCCCUUCUAACUGUGAUGAGAUCUUGGCCAGGGCUUAUCAGAAUGUGUCGACCAACAGGCUCAGGGUUACAGUCCCUGAUAGGCAUCCUAUAUAUCCAAAACAAUGAGAUUAGGCAAGCCAUCAUGGAUGUGAUGUUCGACUUGUUCCGCCUAACCACUCCGAAGUUGACAGACAGUUUUGUCGAAGCUUUAAACAGUGUUGAUCCUUCUGCAAUGAGAGAAGAAUGGAAACUUCUUGAAGGUUUUGUGGCAGAAGAAGGCAGAGCCAUAUUACCACAUUUGGCAAAAGUCAGACCAAAUUUAAUCGAAAACCAUUUGGCUUUAAUUUUGGCAGCUUGGAUUGAAACGGGAAUUCUACAGGCUUUAGUGGAAGUCAUAACCAGCACAGAGGGACAUUUAUUUAUCAGAGCUGUGAUAUUGCUGGGAGAACUUCUACACAUGGCCAACACAUUGUUACCCCAUGAGUGCACAACCCAUAGCCAUUGUUUACCCAACCUUAUGGCUGUUGCCUCGUCCUUCGAUAUCCCGGGUCAACACAGACACCGUGCUACGUUAGCGGUGAGUUACCUGAAUCGCAUCCAUACCCUGAAAAAGCGCGGCCCGAGGCCGUGCAGCCUGUUUCUCGACCAACUCAUCCAGAACGCAAACACCACGCUACAACAGGAGAGCUUCUACACUCAGUUCAGCCAGGACAAAUUAUCAUCGGAUGCAGUGAAAACUGUGUUCAACGCUGAUGACUUUGUAAGUCAGGUGAUCAGAGAGACGCAUGUAUUGAGUACUAAGGAACACAAGAGCUGGGACUGGCAUUCCAUAUCUGCAUUACUAAAGGUACCACAACCCAAUAACAAGCCAUAUGUACAAUCAUUGGUACAUAUAGAAGAUUUCUGA